GGGCCUCGCGGCAGCUUCCAAACAAAGUGUCCGGAGCGGGUCGAGCCGACUACGUGCGCGAUCCGCUUGUCGCCGUCGGAGCGAUCAACAGAUCCCCGUCGGACACAUCAUCGUCCUCCGCACGGCUCCGUGUGGGCUCUCGUUAACCCCUUCUGCUCUCCAAAGUCUUUCAAUUGUUGUUGGGGGGGCUUUAUUUUUUUUUUCUUCCUCCAAAUCGGCGGUAAUCGCCGCCGACCCCCUCCUGUGCUGCGUCGCGGGCGAGGGGGCGCGAGGAGCGGCGCGAGGACGAGACACGGUCCGUGUGUUCGUCCGGCGGCUCGACUCCCGGGCGUGGUGGGGAAAAAAGCAGAAUAUGGCGGACUUUCACUCCAAUCCGCUAGGCUGGGAUCCAGUUAUCUCUCUCUCUCUCUCUCUCUCUCUCUCUCUCUCCGCGUGUCUUCAGCCGGAGCUGUCGACCGCGAGGCGGAACAUUUCCCCGGAUGGUCCUGAAGAAAGAAAACACACACGAGGCGUGUCAGCGGCGACGAGGGGGGAGAUCCUCCGUGCUGCUGCUGCUGCUGCUCGCUCUCCGGCCGAUCUUCUCCUUCUUCCCUCAGUCCUCUCCCAUGUCGUUUUUAUGACUGAGGCCGAUCCACUCCUCCGCUGACAGGCGUGACGUCAUCGACCAGGGGGGCGUGUCACGUCAGGCCACAAGUGUGGCUGCAGGUUCCUAGGCAGACAUGGGCAAACUACAGAGCAAGUUUCGCAAGCGGUCUGAGCUCUACAGGGCGGCUCAGGGGGAGAAGGCAGACAACACCUUUGACAGUCAUGUAGUGCAGUAUGAACCUGCCCAUCAAGGAUCCAUCAGUACUGUCACAAAUCUCAGCCCAGACCUCUGUGUUUCUGGUGGGAGUGAUCAGGCCGUGGUGGUGUAUAACUGGAAACAAGGACAGAUGUGUCAGUCCUUUCAGGGUCACAACAGAGAGGUUACCAAGGUGACCUGCUAUCCAGGAAGUACAUGGAUCUUUAGUGCCUCACGGGACAAAACUGUUCUGAUGUGGGACCUAAACCAAGGAGAUGAACCUAUUCAGGAAUUCUGUGGGCAUGAGUUGGUCGUCAAUGGACUAGCUAUCAGCCCUGAUGGGAGGAAGCUGUGCACCGGCUCUCGUGACAACUGGAUGUGCCUGUGGGAUAUAGAAUCUGCAAAAUGUGAACAGAGACACAACAUCUCGAGAAACCUGGUGACUCAUGUGUGUUGGGUACCAGGCAGCUCUUCUGUAGUCCAGACUUCUGAGGAUAAGACCAUAAGGGUGUGGGACAGCCGUGCAUGGCAGGUGACCAAUACCUUUCCAGCCAAGCAGUACAUCCAGACUCACUGUGAUGUCUCUCCAAAUGGAAACCAUUUGAUAUCCAGCAGCAACGGUUUUGGGGGGCAGGGCUGUGAAGCCACGCUCUGGGACCUGCGUCAGCCUGGGUGUAAGGUUGUGGAGUACAGAGGCCAUCUCCAGACCACGGCCUCCUGUGUGUUUCUACCUAUGCUUCCAGGUGGCACAGCUCAGGUAGCAACAUCCUCCCUCGACGCCUCCAUCAAAAUCUGGGACCAGAACACAGCAGUUUGUUUAGGCACGUUGUCUCUGGAUGGUGCCGGUCCUCUAGUUUCUCUGGCUCCAAGUGACUCCACCAAUAUGCUGUGUGCCAGCUUCAACAACGGCCUUAACCACAUCCAGGUGGACCAGGGAUCGAACCAGGCUCAGGGUUUUGGGGGAGGUUCAGGUGGGGCUGGUGGCCUGGACAUUAAAGUUGUUGCACGUUUCUGACAGCCCGAAAAAAGCCUGGCGUGACUCAUUACCCUGACCUGUGAACAGCAAAUGACUCAGUAAGCACUGUCACUGAAUUUUUCCUUUUCUUACAAUUUUACAUACUGUAUUUCUAUAGACAUUUUUGCUCUAUUAGACUGCCAUACAGUAAAGAAUGACAGAUGAGAUAAGCAAGAAAUUGAGGGGAUGAAAAUGACAUGUAUGGGAGAAGCAUCUCUUGUACAGUGGAGCCACUCGAAGGCUCAUCACAUCUAUAUGAACACCUAAGUCAUCAUGCUUGGAAUGUGGCCUUCAUGGACCAAGCCAGAUGAGCCAGGGUUUACCCAAGUUAUACUCAAAUUCAGCUAUCGGGCACUGAAGAGACACUUCAUUCACAUGUAUUGCUCUUAUUGGUGGUUCUGAACAGUCUCAUAGGACAUCUUAAUGUGCGUCAGAAGUGGUGCUGAACAUUGGAAAUUGGAAGCACUCUUGGAGCAAGAAUAUCGGCUGUUUGGUCAGGACCUUUACCAAGUCUGCUGGAGAAAUGUAUGCAAAAUAGAAUUUCAUACUGAUAGUAUGUCAUCUGAUUUUUUUCUAAGAAAAAAGUAGUAGUAGGUGCAGUCAGAUCUACAGUCAAACACUUUGUGGAUAGUCGUUUUUAUCAUCAAAACAUAAUAUAAGGAAAAUAAUAAUGAAUAGGAACACGUCUAUGUUAUUGAUUAGUUUGUACUCUAGAUUUAAGCUGUCAAGUGUUAGACCAAAUGAGUACGUAUGACAGAUCUGUAAAAACAACCUGUGUUUUAAGUUAGAUUUCAAUCAAUAAUGGUCUUUAAGAUACAGACUCCAAUAUUUUUUUAAACUGAAACUGCUGAUAGAUGAUGUGCCGAUAUCCAAUACAUAUUUAAAUUUUAAAUUUACUAUUGAAAAUACCAAAGUAAUUACAUUUUUGAUAGAAAACUGUUUGAAUGAAGACAUUGGGAAUUAAAUUAAAUUACAUUUUAACUGCAAGUAAAGCUGCUCAACCUGUAUGAAAUACAAAACCUUACUUAAGAUAUUGUUGGAUAAGGUUUUAGUGUGAUUUAUUCUGAAUAAAAUACGAUGUGGCAACUGUGCUAUUAAAAGCUAUUGAACUUU